GGAAGAGUGAGGAAGGUAAACAAGUGUCACCAAACCCUCGCUGCAGAACUGUAUUCUCCAACACGCCGCACAGAGCGAUCACACUCUACUCCUCCGUGUCCGCCAGUCAUUUGUUUCAAUAUGACCUUGGCCUUUAAGACACUUGAGCAUACCAUACUUCCUCCAGAGGAUUGAACAGCUCGCCAGAAUCUAACUAAAGUCACUAGAAACUGUGGCUCCACAGGUUGCAUGGCCCCUUCAAAUCCUCAACAAGAACAAGAACCUACAUUCUCUGAUUAAAAUUUAAAAUGCGGCGCAGUUUUGCCCCAAGCCAACUUCACAAAAGGAGACUUGAUUACAGUCAACCUCUCAAGAGGAAGAAGGUAUUAGAAGAUGAGGACAGUGACUCCCAGGACAGGAGUCCCCUGUCAGCAAUCAACAAUACUCUCCCUUCUGGAAGACCAACCUCCUCACAUGAAGCCUUUAUACGAAAAAUCUUAGCCAAGCCAUUCAAGAUUCCCAUCGCCAACUAUGUGAGUCAGGGUCACCGUGGCCUGGGCGUGCGGCGAAGUGGAGUGCGGCAGCCCUUACAUGACCCUAAUGAACCUGAUGCCUUAGUUCUGUAUCAACCUAAGGAACUCUCCGCUCAUGAGAAGAUGACACUCAACACGGAGAAACUGGAGGUGGCUGUGGUGGUGGACCCAGUAUUGUCUGCUGUCCUGCGGCCUCAUCAGCGAGAGGGAGUGAAAUUCAUGUAUGAGUGUGUUACUGGGAAUAGGAUUGAGGACAACUAUGGCUGUAUUAUGGCAGAUGAAAUGGGUCUGGGGAAAACCUUGCAAUGCAUCACCCUCAUGUGGACGCUUCUCCGCCAAAGCCCAGAAUGCCGCCCCACCAUAGAAAAGACUGUGAUUGUUGCACCUUCUAGUUUAGUUAAGAACUGGUAUAAUGAAAUAAAUAAAUGGCUGAAAGGCAGGGUAAAUGCUCUAGCCAUUGACUCAGGAACAAAGACAGAAAUUGACUCAAAGUUGAAGGGAUUUAUGUCAACAUUUGGCCGGCGCCCAGUCAACCCAGUGCUCAUUAUAUCAUAUGAGACAUUUCGCCUGCACGCCCAUGUCCUGCACCAGGGCGAGGUGGGGCUAGUGUUGUGUGAUGAGGGUCACAGACUGAAAAACUGUGAAAAUCAGACAUACCAGGCACUGAUGGGGCUGAAGGCCAAGCGUCGGGUGCUGCUUUCAGGGACGCCAAUUCAAAAUGAUCUUCUUGAGUACUUUUCACUACUGCACUUUGUCAAUGCUGGCAUCCUUGGCACUGCACAGGAAUUCAGGAAAAAGUAUGAGAGAGUGAUCUUGAGGAGCCGGGAUGCAGACGCCUCAGACAAAGAUCAUGCAUUGGGGAAAGAAAGAUUGGAUGAGCUAAUCUCUAUUGUGAGCAGAUGCAUCAUUCGCCGAACUAAUGAUAUCCUCUCCAAGUACCUGCCAGUGAAGAUAGAGCAUGUGGUGUGCUGUCCCCUCACUACAAUGCAGAAGGAUAUGUAUCAUGCCUUCAUCACCUCCUCAGCUGUCAAGAAGCAGCUCUCAGAUGGUGAUGGUCGCUUGGGAAACACUGCUCUGGCAGCAAUAACCAGCAUGAAGAAGCUGUGUAAUCAUCCUGAUUUGCUGUGGGAGAAGGUCAAGGCUCAUGAACCUGGAUAUGCUGAUUUGGAACAAUUUUUCCCACCUGGCCAUGAUCCCCGGAACCUGCAUCCAGAGUUGUCAGGAAAAGUUGCUGUUCUGGAUGCAAUUUUGGCCUUGAUCCGUAGCUCUUCUGAUGACAAGGUCGUGCUGAUUUCAAAUUAUACCCAGACUCUUGAUCUGUUUCAACAACUGGCAGCAUUGAGAAGGUAUCCAUUUGUUAGACUGGAUGGCUCCAUGUCCAUAAAGAAGAGAGCUAAGAUAGUAGAAAAGUUCAACGAUCCUUGUGGAGGAGACUUCAUCUUCAUGCUGAGCAGUAAGGCUGGAGGGUGUGGUCUCAAUCUGAUUGGUGCCAACCGCCUGGUGAUGUUUGAUCCGGACUGGAACCCUGCUAAUGAUGAGCAAGCCAUGGCCAGAGUGUGGCGUGAUGGCCAAAAGAAAAACUGUUACAUAUAUCGUCUUCUUGCAACUGGGAGUAUUGAAGAGAAGAUCUUUCAGCGACAAGCCCACAAAAAAGCCUUGAGCAGCUGUGUUGUGGACUAUGAAGAAGAUGUUCAGCGACACUUCUCAGUGUCAGAGUUGCGUGAGCUUUUCAUCCUCAACACCAAGACUGCCUCAGACACUCAUGACAAAUUCAGGUGUCGUCGAUGUCUUAAUGGGAUCCAGAUGCAGUCUCCACCUGAGAAUGCUGACUGCACCAGUGACUUAUCUUUGUGGCAUCACUGCCAGAAUAAGAAGGGUCUUCAGGAUAGAGUUAUUUAUCAGUGUUGGCCAGCUGGGAUAUCUUUUGUCUUUCAUCAAAGAUCACAUGAACAAAAAACCAUACCUUGAUUAUUCUUUUUAAGUAUUAGCUUAUGGUUGACUAGUAUUAUUAAAAUAAACAACUAAGAAAUACAAAACUCCAUAAGACUAUAAUUUAAUACUGAACAUAACCUCCAAUAUUACUAUAUAUUUUUUUUAUAGUAGUUCUAUAUUGUAAUAGAAAAUGCUGUAAUUUUAUAUAAAAAUUAAAGAUUUUUUUAAAUGUCUUGUA